GCAACGCUCAGUCGCUUUCCAAGCCUCAUUCUUUUUUCCUCAUUCUUCGUCUUUUUGGUCCGCUCACUCAGCAGAAUGAAGAAGCUGAUCCUCGACGUUGACACUGGAGUCGAUGAUGCUCAAGCCAUCAUGAUUGCCCUCACUGCUAAAGAUGUGAAGGUUUUGGGGAUCACCUGCUGCCACGGCAACACUCCUCUGGAGAACGUCCUCACAAACACCCUGCGUGUCCUGAAAGUCUGCAACAGGCUGGAUAUUCCAGUUUAUAAGGGUUUCUCGAAGCCUCUGCUGGCCAGAAAACAGCACGCAUCGGAUUAUCAUGGGAAAGACGGACUCGGGGACGUCCCAGACCCAGAUGCUCCAAGUGUGGAGCUGCUGCAGAAGGAGAAAGCUGCAGAGGCGAUGCUUAAAAUUGCAAGGGAAAAUCCAGGAGAGGUGAUCCUUGUGGCUACUGGACCCCUGACUAACCUUGCAGUCGCUGUGCAGCUGGACCCUUCCUUCCCCAAAAAACUGAAAGCGCUCUACAUCAUGGGAGGAAACACUGAAUCUCGGGGUAACACCACUUCGUGUGGAGAGUUCAACUUUGUGGCCGAUCCUGAAGCGGCUUUCAUCGUUUUGGACCGCUACACCUGUCCCACCUACAUCGCUGCGUGGGAGUUCAGCUGCAGGAGCAGCCUCUCCUGGUCUUUCUGGAAAGAGUGGCUGUCCGUAAAGACAGAGAAGGCUGCCUUCAUCAGGAAGAUAUCAGAUCUUUCAAUGAAAAAAGCUUGUUCAGCUGAGUAUCAAAAAGAAGUAAUAGCUGGGCAAGGCUUCAAUCCCUGCGACGUGUUCGCGCUUGCCGCUGCGGUAGACGACGGAUUCAUAACGGAGAGUGAGAAGGUGGCAGUGACAGUGGAGCUGAAUGGGAAACACACCCGGGGUAUGAUGGUGCUGGACUACAUAGAGUGCCUGAAGAAGGAGCACAAGGCCGUCAUCAUGAAAACAGCUGACCUGGAGAAGCUGAAGAAAAUGCUGUACAACGCCGUACAGUAGAAACAUCACCAUGUAACACGAGGAGAACCUGAAAUGAGCUUUUGGGUUUCAAUAUACAGUGUUUAGAGCAAACUUUUUUCCCAAUCCUUCCGCCAACAUUAAUCUGCAUAAAGAGGAAAAACUUGGUUACACCAACAACUGAUUGGGUCUUUUAUUUUAUUUUUAUGUUUUCUUUUUAAGUUAAACUUUAAAAUGUAACCCUGUUUUUGAAAACCAGGCAAUUUGUUGCUCUGGAUUAUAUUUUAGCAUUAAGAAAUUACAACCAGGUGAAAGUUUAUUUUUGUAUCCUCUACUGACAAAUUUUUAUGAGUUUUAAUGAACAGAAAAUGUUUUGGAGGAUGCAGAACUAUAGUUGCAUAAUAAACCUUUGCUUUCAUAGACA